GAUGAAAUGAAACGGUUUAUUCAUUUUCUUGUCUGGCUGUGUGUUGGCGCGGCCUUCUGCUCAGCGGGAGGUCCACCAAGACGGGAUAAAGCGCCACCACCACCACCAGAAUGCCAACUUAAAAGACCACCAUUAAACAAUCCGGAUACCUGUCCCAUGCAUGUCUAUUGGGAACACAGAUGUUUGCCUCCGAAACCAUGUUUAUUUACAAUUAAGAAAGGGAUUGUAAGAGAAAAAGGCGUGAAACAUUACGUGAAACUGUCUCUUCCAGUAACACACUUAUCUCGGGAAUGCAAAAAAUAUGGCAAAAUAUGCAGUCCUGGAAAAAAAUAUUGCACAUGCCAGCACAAGGGAGAGUGGGUUAAGAUAAAGGCUUGGGUACUUUGGAAAAAGAACAACUUUCAUAUUUCUGCUCUCAAAAAAGUUGAAGCGCUAGUCCCGGGUGGAUGUAUGUGUGCAAGGAGAAACAUAGCAUCUUUCGUACCAUAAUAUCUUUUUUAUCGGAUCUUAAAUCAUAUUAUGGAAAAAGCGAUUUAUCAAGUUGACAAUAAAUAAAUUGAUAUUGA